CUUCUUUUUGAAAGUUUCAACAGCGAAACCAAAAACUCCAUUCAUUCUUUCUUUCAUUGUUUGUAACUUUGUAUUGAUGAGAAACAGAUGAAGGCGGCCGCAGCGUCAGCAACCUUGAACCAUCCCAUUCGUCUCUACCCAUCACCCAUUUCCCGCCAAAUUGACUUCCCGGCUCGACGGUCUCAACCUCUCGCACACAACUCCGGCAAAGGGUUGAAAUUGUACCGAAAUGAGUCUGUGUGCUCCACUUCUAGUGUAAUUUGUGCUGUCAAUGGAGGUCAGGGAGGGUAUGUCUCUGCGUGGGACGAGAAACCAUAUGAGUUACUUCCGAAUGGGAAAAGGGCUUACUUAGAUGAACAAGACGUGGUCACAUUCCUUGAUCCUCCUAAAGAGUUGAUUCCUUUGGACUCGGCUUCUUAUAAUCCUGCUGCAUAUCUUUGGAAAAAAAUUGAUGAUAUUCCCCAGGAAAGGCGCCGUCGGCUGCUGCGCUUGCUAGAGCCUAGGAAAUUGAUGGAUUGGAAUUCAGGAUCGUUGAUGUCUGGAAAAUGGUUAUGCAGGCUGAUCUCAAGAGCUUGGGAGAUAGCUGGCACACGAUAUGAAGAACCCAAGUUGAUGAACAGAAGCUCAUCUCAACUGUUGUCUAAUGAAGAUGGUGUCUCUCUUGAAUAUUAUAAUUGCCGAACAAGUGGAGGACCAAUGCUCAUUUCUUGGAUAAACUUUUUCAAAACGGCAAUUUUUUCUUGCAAGGAUGGGAACGUAUAUGGACGAUUUAUUGGUGAAACAAUUCUUAAUGGACUUGCAAAUUCCUUUAGUCCACUGUACUUUGUAGUGAGCCAGCUGAAGGAAGUAAUGGCAACUGAACAACCUUGUGAUCUAGCAUAUGAGUUCGGGGAUGGGCUGUUUGAUCUCCAUGAAUACCCCGAGGGCUUUCCAAGACCAGUGAAACAUCCGUAUCCUUUCAACGAUCAGGUGGUUGUCUAUGUUCGUCAUCUAGGACCAGGCGUGUCAGUAGGGCAAGCGUGGCAAGAAGGAAAAGCAUUACAACAAGUACCACAAAAAUUAUGUGGUGACAUUCUAAUGGUGAAAGAUUAUUCUACCCUUAGAGAAGAUCAGUAAUAGUUGUCCGGAGGUUACUAUAGAGAAAAUUAAGAAAUGUUGUGCUGUAAUCAAUUAUCGAGGUAGCUUUUGUUGUAGACUAGUAGACAUGACUGUAAAACAAGCACAGACUGAGUGAGUGGGGAUCAGGAGAACAAUCAACUGUUGAACUAAUCCCUGUAAGUGAUUCAAAAUUAAUUUGAAAUAUUCAACUGCAGGCAUGUGAUCCAUGUUGUUUCUUGA